AACAUCAACCUCUUAAAGGUAUCAAUUAAUAGUUGAACAUUUGAAGCGAUUAGAAAAUUCAAUUGUGCAUUUGUUGAGAUUUCGCACGCAUGCUAAUAAAAUAAUAUAUACAUAAUAUAAUACAUUGUAUAUCAAAUAAUAUUUGUAUGCAAAGUUUAUUUAAAAAUAUUUAUUUUUACUAAAAAGUGCUACGCUUUCCGAUAUUAUUUUAAGUUAAAUUAUUUUGAAAAAAAAAAUUAUUUAUAAAUUAAUUUGGGGUUAUUGUGCAACAUCAAGCAUAUUUUAAGGUUAUUAUUUCAGUUGUUUUAUCUGUUGAAAUCUGUUUGAGAGCUGUAAGUGGUCCACACGAACGAAAUGUGAUAAGCUCUUGCCAUAUUUGGCGCAAACAAGUUGCAUAAUUGCAGCUAGCAGUGUUGCAGUGGUGUGCGAGGCGCCAAAAAAGCGUAAAAACAAAUCGUAAUGAAUAUAAAGGAAAUUGAAAGAAUUUGGCGUGAACUUAGUUAAUUUUGUUAACAUAUUGACAUUGAAGCAAUCAACAGGCAAAUAAGGCGCUUAUUGUAUUUAUUUAGUUUUCGUGACGAUUACAUAACUUGAAUUGAUAACUUUAAUAGUAUUGGCGCAAGUUGCUUCCUUUUUUUCUUACAUAUCUUCCAAGUAAACUCGUAUAAUGGCUGAUGAGGAGGAUCCAUGGGGUUUCGAUGAGGGUGAUAGUGAGCCAGUCGCUGCCGCUGCCCCUACUCCUGCAGCUGCAGCUGCCACUCCCACUGCCGCAGAUGCAGGUGCUACCCCUGCCACGGGUGGUGGGCAGAGCACCCCCGCUGGAGAAGAACCUGAAGCAGCUGCCGCCGAAGAAGAAUCGGCACCACCACCACCGCCACCAGAAGACGAUGGCUACCGAAAGCCCGUGCAAUUAUAUCGCCACUGGGUGAGGCCACAAUUCUUGCAGUAUAAAUACAUGUAUAACUACAGAACAAACUACUAUGAUGACGUAAUUGAUUACUUGGAUAAGAAGCAGGUUGGCGUUUCAAGGGAAAUACCGCGCGCACAAACUUGGGCCGAACGCGUGCUAAGAACAAACAACGCUAGUGGACGCGACCUUGACUCAUACACAUGUUCAAGCAAAAGGGAUAAGCAACUUGUUCAAACUCUGGCUGCCUCAAUUCGUACUCAUAAUUAUCACACCAAAGCUUAUAUUAACCAAAAAUAUGCAAAUGUUCUAUAAAUAAAUACAAUACCUAUCUAUAAAUAUGAAUACCAACUAAAAAGUUAGUUAAAAUUGUAGUACAAUUUAAUUAUAAGGAGAUGAUUACCUAAUUACGUUACAAUAAAAUAUAAAGUGGGAGCUUGUCGCUAUAAUACUCUUUUGAUAGA